AUGCAAGGCAUGGUUGGAUCAGGGAGGUCUUCAAUAGCUGCCGUGGCAGAGCUGUCACGGGCCAACGUUGCAGACAUGGGCAAGUCUGUGCCUCAAGCUGUAGCGGCCUUGGCUAGUUUAGGCUCUUGGGGCAACAACGCCUCAAACUCAGAAAGGGACAUGCACCGUUGGGUCCGGAACCUGUACCAAUUUGGCUUGGAGACGUAUGAUGUCAAGACAGCAGCGCAUAAAGCUGUUGCUGAAAUCGUGAUCUGGUCAAUGCGGCAUGCCUUGACUGGCGUAUUUCCAAGGCUAGGUGCUUUUGAAGAGCCUUUGACUGGACAUCGCGCCACCUUGUGUGGGAAACAAGUGGCCAAUGGAUUCAGGUUCGCCUAUUUUGGAUUUAAGUCAGACUGCAAAACUGGUCUACAAGGCCCUUGCAAAACAUUCACUCCUUCAAACACAGGUUUGGACAGCACCGAUUACCCUGAGCUUGGAAGCGUCUUCAAGGCUGCUGCUAUGAAAACGGUGAUUUCCUUCUUUGCGACAUAUGCCCAAGAGAUUUCAGUUGCACACGCUGAGGCCAGGUGA